GAGGCAGUCCGUGUGUGUGUGAGGGAGAGGGGCUACGCUGUGCUCGUUCUCCAGGGGGUGUCGUCAGAGCGUCCAGCCCCCUCUGCAACGGAGCGGGGAGGGGGGAGAGAGCAGGCGAGGAACAGGAGGUAGUGGACGGCGGUGGGCUCGGUAUCAGCUGUAGUGCAUGGAUGGAUGGGUAAGGGGCGCAUGCAGCAGUAACCACGGAAACCGCGGUCACCGGCGUGAGAGCGGGGGGACCGUGCAGGGAUGGGAUCUCGACCGCAGCCCCCGGACCUGCGGCAGGAGGACGGCAGGCGGCUGCACGCCGCCUUGGUGGAGCAGGAGGAAGAUGACGACGAAGAGGAGGGCUCCGAGGACAGCGGCAGUGACAGCACCAGCCGGGCAGAGCCGCUGACCAUGCCCACUUUUGACGUCCCGUACUUCCGCUACAUCGAUGACGAGGGGACGGAGGGAGAGGAGGAAUGGAGCAGCAGCCGCUCGCUGUCGUCCAUCGAGGAGGACUCGUCCACUGACUCUGUUGUGUCUGACAGGUACGUGGUGGUGUCGGGAACCCCGGAGAAGAUCCUGGAGCACCUACUGAAUGAGCUGAUGCUGGACCAGGACCCGGACGCAGCCCAGGGCGCAGAGUCAGACACACUCCUGGAUGACUUUCUGCUGACCUACCCCGUGUUCAUGUCCACCGCUGAUUUAUGCCAAGCUCUGCUGGGACACUAUUGCACCAGGCGUCACAGAGGAAAAGAGGACAGGAAGGAGCCCGUGGAGAGGAAGCGGAAGGUCCUCCACCUGGUGUCGCAGUGGAUGUGUCUCUGCCGAGGUUUCCUGCGAGAAGACGCGCACGUCCAGCUCUUCAUGAAGACCUUGCACCGCUACGUGCUGGACGACCUCUACGAGCACCCCACCCUGGACACAGACGUGAGGGAGGUGCAGAGGCUGCACCAGCUGCAGCGCAGACGUACAGUGGAUGAAUAUUCCCCUCAAAGAAAGAGCAAAGCGCUUUUCCACCAAUCAAGCCUGAAGGAGAGCGGGCUCCAGUCCAGAUGUUCGCAGCCGUGGACCAAGGAAGCGCUCUGCCAGGUGUACCUCAGCAUGGACUCGUACCUGAGCGUCAAGGCCGGCGCCGGGGCGGCAGCUCGGGAGCUGCUGCAGGCGGUGGCGGACAGGAUGGAGGUCCCCCAGGGAGAGCUGGUGCUGGUGGCUGUCACCUACCCUGGAGGUCGACUCCUGCUGCAGCCGCAGGACCGGGUUUUCUCGGAUUCUUUACGGCCGGUGGGCAGGCUGCAUAUAUGCAGGAGGGACCUCGGAGAAGUCCUGAAUCCGCUGACAGACAACUCAGAGCUGAGGACGGCGCGAAUGCUCGGUUUGAACACGUGGGACGUGGCUGUGGCUCUCAGCAACUUUGACUGGAGCAUCUUUAACGCAAUACAUGAGCAAGAGCUGGUUUAUUUCAUCUUCAGCCGCCAUGCCAGCAAUCACCACACGGCGGCGCUAGAGCUGCUGCUGCAGCGCUGCAACGAGAUCCAGCUGUGGGUGAUGACGGAGGUGCUGCUGUGCUCGCCGCUCUGCAAACGGGUCCAGCUCAUCAAGAAGUUCAUCAAGAUUGCUGCCCACUGUAAAGCACAAAGAAAUCUCAGCUGUUUCUUUGCCAUUAUAAUGGGCCUGAACACUGCAGCUGUUAGUCGCCUCAGUCAGACCUGGGAGAAAAUACCUGGGAAAUUCAAAAAGCUGUUUUCAGAACUAGAUACAGUCACAGAUCCGUCGCUGAACCACAAGACCUACAGAGACUCCUUCAAGAAGAUGAAGUCACCAAAAAUCCCCUUUCUUCCUCUGCUGCUAAAAGACAUCACAUUCAUUCACGAAGGCAACAAGACGUUUCACGACAACCUGGUCAAUUUUGAAAAGCUGCACAUGAUUGCAGACGCAGUGAGGCUCAUCCGGCACUGUCAGAAAGACCACUUGGGAAAUGGGAUCUCCCAGAAGAGCAGCUCUGAAGCGCGAGCCUACGUUGAUCACCUUCAUGUCAUAGACAAUCAGCAGACGCUCUUUGAACUGUCACACAGGCUGGAGCCUCGCGCUUAACUCAACAGAACCCGCGUCGUCGGCCCCACUUGAACCGCCAAGGAACAAAUCUAUGGCUGCCUCAUCUCUCAGGACUCUGUCUGCAGUCAGAGGAAAGCAGUAUGACCCUGGCCCACCACCAGGGGGAGCCACUCGACUGAGAGGCACAAGCAGAUCACUCUUACAUUCAGUGCAUAAAUAUUUAUGUAGAUUCAUAAUAAAGUGACUGAUACAGCACAUGUGAAAGCAGGCGUAGCUGCAUUCAGCUGCUUUAGCAGCAGUUGAACCUCAACCUGUUUUGCCUGUGGAUUAGAAAGACAGCAGCAUUAGAGCUGCUCACACUGGUCAGGAUGCGUGCAACGUGCCGCUGGUUACAUUUAUUUCCCACAGCUGCAGCAAGACAACAGCGCCCCCUAGUGGGGAACGUGCAGUUACGGAUGCGGGCCUGCAGCAGGCGAGCAGCAUAAGGUGGAAACCAUCAAAGCUCAUCCUAGACUUUGAAAACAGUAGGCGAGAAAACAACACAAACCGUGUGACUCAAGUCAUAAGAUACAGACAAAGUCAUGAUGCAUGUUUUUUUUUACUUGAAGAUGAGUGACAAGGUUGUUUUUUUCAUAUUUAACCAAAGAGAUCUCCAAUAACACAUCUUGAAUUAUCAGGAUGACAUAAUACUGAUUCGGUUUGACUGGUGCAAAACAGGUGUUCAGCACUGUAUGACUCACACUCACAUUAUUUACUGUUAAACUGUUAUUACAACAGUGUUAUUACACUUUUCCAUGCUCUAUUUUUUACAGCAUAUAAAUCUAUUACAAUACAGUUUUCUGAAGGCGUUACACAGUCCAGACGACAGCACUGCAGGAAAUGAGAACAGAAUACACAGGAUGUUGGACAUUUCGUUGUGAGUGGGGCCAUCAAAGGUCACACAUUUCUAUGUGUGACUUAUAUCCAUAUGUGUUAGUGCCAAAUACACAUUAAUGCUAAAUGCUUCUCCUGUCAAAGUAUUGGCCAGUUUUCUUCAUGUAGCUGUGGACAAUCAGUUAAAUGAAGCAGCAGUCAGGUGUUCAGGUUUAAACACCAUAAAGAGUUUUUUCCUCACAUCACAGACUAUUUGAAAGACUAGUAUCAACACGUCUUUUAAAAAACAUGAGUCAUGAUUACCCUUAUUCUGAGCUACAGCUGGUCUCAUGUAUAGAUGUUAUUGAGGUCAACAAUUUUGUGUUCGAGGGUAAACUUAAACUUUGAUUUGCUCAUAAUUAAUGAGCAAAUCAAACACCACACCUUUAGAAAAGGCAAAACACAUCAAAGCCAUGAGCUGCUGUAUGUGUAGUAGAACCACAGUAUGCAGCCGUGUGGUCGUAGCCGAUACAAUACUCCUGAAAAUUCUCACGUAUAUUUUGAAGUUUUAAUGAGGACACGUAGAAGAUUUCGAAAACUUUAAUUUUGAUCAUUUGUAUUUUGAAACCCAAAGUCCAACAUGCACUGGACAGAACAUUCUGCAGUAUUUAGAUUUUUUUUAUCAUCAACAAUGUCCAGCUGCUUUUAUUUGUAGUGUGUAUAUAUUUGUGUUGAAAUUCUGGACAUAGACCUUUAUUUAUUAUUUCAGAGCCAUUUAAUUUCUCCAUGGAAUUGUACGUACGUAUGUAUGUAUUCAUCCCUUUCAGCUUCAUGUGUGCACCGUUUAGGUUGGUCUGCAUGAUAUGGUGAACCAUGGAUUGACCACCAGUGUCAACUGUGCAUGUAAUAAAAGAUUCUUAAUCACCA